AUGGGCUCUGUGAGCAGUCUAAUGCGGCUGAGAGGAAAUCCCCCCGCAGAAGAACCUCCGGCUGCCAGAGAUGAAGCGGCAGCCGAAGCUGGACCAGCCUUUGUUCGAGAAGAGGAGGGAGGUGAGGCAGCCAGAACUAGCGCUAGACGGGUAGGCCGCAAGCGGACAAGCAGCUCAGGAGGCCCCUCGCCAAAAGUAUCCCGUGACACUUCGCCCCUGGACUUGUCCUCGUCACCUUUCCCGAGGGGUGGGGACAGUGAUGUAAAGAUCUGUGCGUUUGGGGAGGAGUGGUGCUUGCACAAGUUCUACCUUUGCCGGUCAGGAUACUUCGCCAGCAUGUUCAGCGGUGCGUGGCGAGAGACGGACAUGACUACAAUACACAUGCAGAUGCCUGACGAAAAUAUUGACCGUGAGUCUUUCUAUGACGCUUUGGUCUACUUGUACAGUAACAGUAUGCCGAUUCCUCCCCACCGAAUCAUUGCCAUCUUGGCCACAGCCAGUAUGCUGCAGUUGGAUGAGGUACUUGAGCAGUGUGAGGAGAUAAUGAAGGCCUCAGUCAGUGCAGAGAAUGUGUGCAACUACUACUACUCUGCUGAGGAUUACGGGCUCCAGUACACCAAAUAUAAUUGCCACCAGUGGCUCUUAGACAACCUGGUGACUCGACAAAAUAAGCAACUAUUGCAAGAAAUCAAUGUGGAUCUCAUGAAAGAGCUUAUUGCCUCUUCAGAUCUCUUGGUGAUGGAAGUAGAGAUAGAUAUAUAUACUAUACUGAAAAAGUGGAUGUUUCUGCAGCUAGAACCCACAUGGUCAGGAUCCCCAACAGCACUAUUGUCUGCAGCCGACUUGUGCUUUGCCAAGUACAAAAGUGAUUCAAAUGGUGUCCCUUUUCUGGAGACUGACCAGGGGAGAGCCUUUAUGCCAGUGUUCCAGCGACUAAGGCUCCCCUACAUCAUCUGUGACCUGCCUUCGGCACAAGCUAUUGAUCAGGAUGCACUGAUCCCUGCAUCCUGGGUGACCCCAAUCUAUAAAGAGCUAUGGCUAGCACUUCUUCGAGCAGAGCAGUCCAGAGAACUUGGGCCAGUGAAUGUCUAUGUAUCUGAUACCCAUGGAACCAGCAUGCGAUGUGGAGGCCAACUUCAAAGGGAUGAGCAAUGCAGCUGGACCUGGUCUGGCUUCAACUUCGGCUGGGACUUGGUAGUUCACUAUGUCAACAGGCGCAUUGUAUUCCGUCGCAGUGCUAUGAAUCAAUCCUGUAGCCUUGGUGUCAGCUUACUCUGGCAGAGAAAGGUUGCCUUCCGUCUGCGUGUGAUCUCGUUGAAUGCAAAAGGAACAGCUGUUUUGAGGAAGGAAACAGACUAUCAUGUUCUCUGCCUGAGAAAGGAUCAAGAGCUAGAAGUGAUCAACCUAGAAAACGAAGACAUAAUUUUCCCCAUGUAUGUGGCAUGUAACUUCCUGUACGUUCCUGGAGAGAGUGGCCACGGCCAGAGUGAAGAAUCAACCAGAACUCCAAGAAGAUAA